AUGCCUAGAGACAGAGACCCUCUUGUCGUUGGUAGAGUUAUAGGGGAUGUUUUGGAUCCAUUUACAAGGUCCAUAUCACUUGAGGUUACGUAUGGUAAUAGGGAAGUUAAUAAUGGAUGGGAUUUCAGACCUUCUCAGAUUCUUAACCAGCCUAGGAUUGAUAUUGGAGGUGAUGACCUUCGUACUUUCUACACGCUUAUUAUGGUGGAUCCCGAUGCUCCAAGCCCAAGUGAUCCCCACCUCAGAGAAUACUUGCACUGGUUGGUGACUGAUAUUCCAGCAACCACUGGGGCUAGCUUUGGGCAAGAGAUUGUUUGUUAUGAGAGUCCACGGCCAUCAAUGGGUAUCCACCGUUUUGUUUUCGUGUUAUUCCGGCAGUUGGGCCGCCAGACGGUGUAUGCUCCGGGGUGGCGCCAGAACUUCAACACCAGGGACUUUGCGGAGCUCUACAAUCUUGGUUUGCCAGUCGCCGCCGUAUAUUUUAACUGUCAAAGGGAGAGUGGCACUGGUGGACGAAGGCAAUGA